AUGGCCGGCCAGAAAGAACGGUGCGAAGCAUCAUCUUCAAUAAUCCCUCCACCUCGCUCCGAAAAAAUGAAAAUAUUCCCUGAAUCCAGCUUCUUCCGAGAGAGCAGAGCGUCGGCGCUUCCGACGCCAGCCGAGGUCAGAGAAGCCAACAAGCAGUCGGGCUACCCCGAGGCCACAUGCUUCUAUCGGCCGCCGCCUGUCGUUAUGCCAUUGCUGGGCUUGCUCGUCAAAUAUGGCGCCAAAGUAACCCUAAGCGAGAUUCAAUCACAGAUUAUGGUGCGAUCGCGACUAGACGGACAAGUCCCUGUUCCCGAGGUCUUUGGCUGGACCGAGGAUGAGGGCCAGUUCUUCAUUUACAUGGCCUUGAUCGAUGGAGAGACCUUGCAGGAUAGAUGGGGUGGCAUGAACGAAGAGGAAAGACUCGCCGUUUGCGAAGAACUGCGGUCCAUGGCGAAAGCUUGGAGGAAUAUGAAGCAAGAGGGAAAUGAACGUUAUGUCGGCAGCCUCGGCAAGCAGCCGCUGAAGGAUGUUUUUCUGAGGAACCGCACAAAGUUUCAAGGGCCGUUUCAAGGUGAAGACGCCGUCAGGCAGUUGCAAAGUGCUUGCUACAUGGACAUCGACGGGGAAGAUGCCAUCGUAUUUACGCAUGGUGAUCUUAUCGCGCCAAACAUUCUCUUGUCGGCGGGGCGAAAUCCCAAGGUGGCAGCAGUCAUCGACUGGGGUCAGGCAGGGUGGUAUCCCGCGUAUUGGGAGAAUUGCAAGGCUCGAGAAGUGUGGAUACAGUACUUCGAUGCUGCUCUCCAAACGGAAUGGCAGACUAAAUACCUGCCGCUGAUUCUUGAUACCGUGGAGGACACGACAUACCUCCCGUUUCGGUACUUUGUUCUGUCCUAUGGAAUCUAA